GUUGUCGGGUAUAUAAACUGAUUCGCUAACAUAACAAGUUAUUCUUUAUUAUUUCUUCGAUAAGCUUGUUCCUUUUGGAUAUUAGAAAUCAUGAUUAAUUCACAGUUCAGCAUCGAUUAUUUGACCAGAGUCGACUCGGAAACAGUCCAAAGAGAUUCUAUCUCGAGCGAGGGCGAUAGAGUCGAGACACCAUCUCCAUGUACAAGUGAAAGUGAAAGUAGCUGCAGUGACAGUGCCGAAUCUAUUGCACAGGUUCUGUUAUCAUUAGACAGAUCGAUCAAGAAUGGCUUAUGUUCCAGUGAUCCCAACGAAAAGCCACCGCACUCUUACAUCGCAAUGAUUUCCAUGGCAAUACUCAGUAAACUGGACAAAAAAAUCUUACUGAAUGAUAUUUAUCAAUACAUCAUGGAAAAUUUCCCGUUCUACAACAACAAGGAAAAGGCAUGGAGAAACAGCAUACGUCAUAAUCUUUCCCUGAACGAGUGCUUCAUAAAGAAUGGCAGGUCCGAUAACGGCAAAGGCAACUAUUGGUCCAUUCAUCCAGCAUGUAUCGAUGAUUUUUCGAAAGGAGAUUUUAGGCGGCGACAAGCAAGACGGAGGGCAAGGAAAAGUACAGUAAAAUCUGUCAAUGGAUCUCCUAAUGAAAACGACAUCCGGUACAACUUGGGAUAUGUACCUAUGACAUCGUCACAAAUUGGAUUCCACCCAUACUCAAUGAAAGGAUCUCCAAUGCAUUCAAACCCGCAAAACCCAUAUCAGAUUUUCCCGUCUCCUGGAUCUACAUUCGGAAUUUCAAGAAAGCCUUUCCCGGCAGCCAUGCAGUCGUUUGGAAGUGAUUCAUUAUUUCCCGUUGCACCUUUAGCGUCAGUGGGACGAUCAUUUAAUGUACCAUCCACAUACUGUACAUCGUCAUCUUUCAGCCCGAGCACGAAUCCAGCCUUUUAUUCUUCUUGUCAAAUACAGAAAGGGUUUUCUGAUUGGUAAAAAAACGUAUCCCACGUUUUACAAUGUGUGACUUUAAAUUUUAACGAUCUUUGAAAAAAGAAAAGCUUCAUGUGCAAUGAAAACCGAUUUUUAUACGGUACUGGACAAUUUUUUAUUGUCGUCUGCAGGUUGGACAUGCAGGAUUGUUUUUGGGAAACUCGGAGCAAUUUAUUGAACAAUUAUACAAGUAGAAUAGCAUUGUCUGUAAUACACAGAUUGGACUAUAGUAACGUUUUUUUUUGUAUUGCGUUUGAAGUCGGCUGGUUUUGUAAGUAUUUCUCAGGAAAUUAAGAAGGACAAAGUGGCAGAAAAAUAUAAAAUUGCGUGGUCAACUGAACAUUAACAUUUGAAUUUUUAGUUGUUGAUGUUGAUUUUAUUGAAAAUAAAAUCAUUCAUAGUUCAGCAAAUGUCAGAAUAUAUAUCGGACUGUAUUUAUUUAUCUUUUCUGUAAAUAUCAACAUACUAAGAGAUGAUAGUGCUAAAAUUUUAACGAUUAUUGUAAAUAAAUAUAUAUAAAAAGGUGCAAUAAAAUUAUUUUUCUAUUA